GUACCGUAGCCAUGCACAUGCCAUUCAUUGCUCGUCUUCUCUUGCUUCCAUACAGCCAGCUUGAAGCGUCUUCAUAUCAUAAGGUAGCAUAAAUACAACUGAAGAAGAUGCCUCCCAAGAAACGACCAGCAUCGGCGAGCAAAGCGGGCGCCCCUCCUGCCAAGAAGGCCAAGAGUGCCGUUGCGAUCAAGAUCGAGCCAUCACUUGGAAGUCCUUCGGCUGUUCGAGCGGCAAAGAAAACUACGGGUACCGAGAAGAAACAGGACGGCCUCAAGGAGCGUUUCAUUGCUUUGUUCUCACUAGAAGAAUUCAAAUCUGGGAUUAGCAACAGCCAAUUGAAGGAUAAGAUGGGCGCUGACAGCAUUGCCAAAUUGGUGCCGAUUAUCAACCAGCUGACCAGCGAGUCUCGACUUGUCAUGAGCAAAACUGGCAAAAAUGAAUUAUUUUACAGUUUAGUGAGCGCCGAUGUCGCGACCAAGUUCAAAGGGUUGGAUACUGCGGCUCGGAUGGUCUACCAAGUGAUUGAGAGAGCUGGCAACAUGGGAAUUUGGACCAAGGAUAUUCGGUUGCAGACACACCAGAACAUUCAAACGCUGAACAAAAUAUUCAAAACUUUGGAGGCAAGGAGAUUGAUCAAGCCUGUCAAGUCUGUCACUGCCAAAGCCAAAAAGCUGUACAUGCUAUACAAUUUGACUCCUUCAAAGGAAUUGACUGGUGGAGUCUGGUACAGCGAUUUGGAGUUUGACCAUGAGUUCAUUUCGGAGCUCAGGACUUUUGCCAUUCACUGUGUCAAACGUCUCAAUCAAGCCAAAGGAGUCACACUCACGGAAAUUCAAGGCAAGAUGAUACAAGCCAAAGUUAGUCGUAUUGAACUCAGCUUGGAAGACGUGCAACAGCUCGUUCAGACGCUGGUAUAUGACUAUUUGGUAGAAGAGGCCGGCGAAAACGAGAACGGAGAGGUCUUGUACGUGAGUGCUCGACGCGUGACAACCAUGUGCGAUUUCAAGUGGUGGGAACAUGCUCUCUCCAAUGACUUCCAUUUCCGCCCCAUACAAUUUGAUGAUGGACUUGAGCUGGUCGCUCAUGAACCCCAUUAUCACACGGCUUAGUAGGUUGCACAAGAAGUAAAGUAAAUAAGAAGAGUAGUGGAGACUUUGCAUAAUCAUGUGCCUUAUUGAUUAUUUACUGUUUAUCCCCAUACAUACUCGAGAGAGAAAGCA